AUGGCCUGGUCUGCGGAGAAUGCCACCAAAGCCUACCUCCGAGCUUUGAAAUCGGGAAACAAGGCCAUGGAGCCCAACGUGGCUGAGUUCGUGUCGGCGCUGGCUGCCGGGAGCAGCGCGCGCCUCAUGGUGGAGGCCUGCAGCGACGCUGCCGGGCCCACCACCCUGGCACUGAUCGCUGCUGCCCACCAGACCGGCGGCCGCAUUGUGUGCAUCGUCGCUGGGCCUGAUGAGCUGCAUUCCUCCAUCGAAUCGCUCGGGCCGGAGGCCGACCGGGUGGAGCUCGUCGUGGGGGACGCAAGAACCCUGCUACUAGGCGAGUAUCGAGGGGCCGAUUUCGUGAUGGUGGACUGCGAAUUGGAGGACCACAAGUGGGUGUUCACAGCGGCGCAGGCCGGCGCCAUGGAGGCCUGCGGGGGCCUCGUGGUGGGGUACAAUGCUUUCCGUGAGAGGUCGUGGCCGAGCGGUGGCGGUGGCAGCGGUGGGCUGAGGGUGGAUUUGUUGCCCAUCGGUGGAGGUCUGAGGGUGUGCCGGGUGCCGCCCGGUGCCAAGAGGAGUCAGUGGGUGGUUCGAGUGGACGAGUUCACCGGCGAGGAGCACGUCUUCAGGAUAACGACUCCUCGGAGGAAACGGAUUGGAGCAUAG